GAAAUGUUGAGAUCGGGGCUGCAGCCGUGAAGCGAUGGGUCCCGGGAAAAGAGUGCGGGGCACCCCUCGGGGAGCUCUCGGGAACUAGAGCUGGGUCAAGUUGAGUGGGGGUCCCGGGAUUCUUGAGCUGUGCCCAGCUGACGAGCUUUUGAAGAUGGCACAAUAACCGUCCAGUGAUGCCUGACCAUGACAGCACAGCCCUCUUAAGCCGGCAAACCAAGAGGAGAAGAGUUGACAUUGGAGUGAAAAGGACGGUAGGGACAGCGUCUGCGUUUUUCGCCAAGGCAAGAGCAACGUUUUUCAGUACCAUGAAUCCCCAGGGCUCCGAGCAGGAUGUUGAGUAUUCAGUGGUGCAGCAUGCAGAUGGGGAAAAGUCAAAUGUACUCCGCAAGCUGCUGAAGAGGGCGAACUCGUAUGAAGAUGCCAUGAUGCCUUUUCCAGGAGCAACCAUCAUUUCCCAGCUGUUGAAAAAUAACAUGAACAAAAAUGGUGGCACUGAGCCCAGUUUCCAAGCCAGCGGUCUCUCUAGUACAGGCUCGGAAGUACAUCAGGAGGAUAUAUGCAGCAACUCUUCAAGAGACAGCCCCCCAGAGUGUCUUUCCCCCUUUGGCAGGCCUACUAUGAGCCAGUUUGAUAUGGAUCGCUUAUGUGACGAGCACCUGAGAGCAAAGCGCGCCCGGGUGGAGAAUAUCAUUCGGGGUAUGAGCCAUUCCCCCAGCGUGGCAUUACGGGGCAAUGAAAAUGAAAGAGAGAUGGCCCCGCAGUCUGUGAGUCCCCGAGAAAGUUACCGAGAAAACAAACGCAAGCAGAAGCUGCCCCAGCAGCAGCAGCAGAGUUUCCAGCAGCUGGUUUCAGCCCGAAAAGAACAGAAGCGAGAGGAGCGCCGACAGCUGAAACAGCAGCUGGAGGACAUGCAGAAACAGCUGCGCCAGCUGCAGGAAAAGUUCUACCAGAUCUACGACAGCACUGAUUCUGAGAAUGAUGAAGAUGGUAACCUGUCUGAAGACAGCAUGCGCUCGGAGAUCCUGGAUGCCAGGGCCCAGGACUCCGUCGGGCGGUCAGAUAACGAGAUGUGCGAGCUGGACCCCGGGCAGUUCAUUGACCGGGCGCGGGCCCUGAUCCGAGAGCAGGAAAUGGCUGAAAACAAGCCGAAACGAGAAGGCAACAACAAAGAAAGAGACCACGGGCCAAACUCCUUACAACCAGAAGGCAAACAUUUGGCCGAGACCUUGAAACAGGAACUGAACACUGCCAUGUCGCAAGUUGUGGACACUGUGGUCAAAGUCUUUUCGGCCAAGCCCUCCCGCCAGCUUCCUCAGGUUUUCCCACCCCUCCAGAUUCCCCAGGCCAGAUUCGCAGUCAAUGGGGAAAACCACAAUUUCCACACCGCCAACCAGCGCCUGCAGUGCUUUGGCGAUGUCAUCAUUCCGAACCCCCUGGACACCUUUGGCAACGUGCAGAUGCCCAGUUCCACAGACCAGACAGAGGCACUGCCCCUGGUGGUCCGAAAAAACUCAUCUGACCAGUCUGCCUCGGGGCCCCCCACUGGUGGCCACCACCAGCCGCUGCACCAGUCACCUCUCUCCACCACAGGCUUCACCACCUCUACCUUCCGCCACCCUUUCCCCCUGCCCUUGAUGGCCUACCCAUUUCAGAGUCCCCUGGGUGCUCCCUCCGGCUCCUUCUCUGGGAAAGACAGAACCUCUCCUGAGUCCUUAGACUUAACUCGGGAGACGACAAGUCUGAGGACCAAGAUGUCAUCUCACCACCUGGGCCACCAUCCUUGUUCGCCAGUCCACGCCCCCAGCACCGCAGAAGGGCUCUCCUUGUCCCUCAUCAAGUCUGAGUGUGGCGAUCUGCAAGACAUGUCCGAGAUCUCACCCUAUUCGGGAAGUGCAAUGCAGGAAGGAUUGUCACCCAAUCACCUGAAAAAAGCAAAACUCAUGUUCUUUUAUACCCGUUACCCCAGCUCCAACAUGCUGAAGACCUACUUCUCCGACGUAAAGUUCAAUAGAUGUAUUACCUCUCAGCUCAUCAAGUGGUUUAGCAAUUUCCGUGAGUUUUACUACAUCCAAAUGGAGAAGUAUGCGCGCCAAGCCAUCAACGAUGGGGUCACCAGCACCGAGGAGCUGUCCAUAACCAGAGACUGUGAGCUCUACAGGGCUCUGAACAUGCACUACAACAAAGCAAAUGACUUUGAGCAGGUUCCAGAGAGAUUCCUGGAAGUUGCGCAGAUCACAUUACGGGAGUUUUUCAAUGCCAUUAUCGCAGGCAAAGAUGUCGAUCCUUCCUGGAAGAAGGCCAUCUACAAGGUCAUCUGCAAGCUGGAUAGUGAAGUCCCUGAGAUUUUCAAAUCCCCAAACUGCCUACAAGAGCUGCUUCAUGAGUAGAAACUUCAGCAACUCUCUUUGAAUGUAUGAAUAGUAACGGUCCCCUUUGGAUAUCUAAGUUAUAUGUGUCUAAAUUGUGAUUUCAUAUAUAUGUGUAUGGGAGGCAUGGAUAUGUGAUGAACUCAGCUGGUAAUUCCUCCUCUCCAUCUUUCUCUCAUUUCUUUUGUUUUCCAUUGCAGGGGGAAUAUAUAGUUUAUUUUUGCCCAAGGCUCUUAACGUUUGGGACUUAAAAUAGGGUUAACUUUCAGGGAACAGGAAUGUUGAUGUGUGCAAAGUCUACAUUAGCAAGGAAGGCAUUGGUGAACGACACCUCUGCUUGAGGGAUGGCGGAUUGCAAAUGGCAGUUAGCCGAGGGGAACCCAAUGACAACACCAUUCAGCAGCCGUGUGUCUCAUCAUUUGACUGCUAUGAAAGACAGAAAAGUCAAUGGAACGACUUCAUGGACUUCAUUGUUUCACUUAGUGUAGACUCAGUAAGUGGACUUUUCUUGCCUGUGUGAAAGUAAUACUAAUAGCAGCUGAACCACUCCCUUCCCAGAGGACCAAAUUCAAACAGAGAAAAAAACAAACCACUACCCACAAAGUGUGCCCGGAGAGAAACGGCAGACACCCCCAAAAAGUAUCAGUUUGUUAUGGAAGCAAAGUGGUGGUGCGCAGCGCUGGCUCUUCCCAACGGAGACGGAAAAUUCCUGUGUGGUCUUCUAGCCACCCCUCUAAAUUGGCCUGUAUCAUUCUUCACGGAGAAAACCCCUACACUGUUGUGUUCUUACUUUCCUCUUCGCUUCAGAUAGUAAAGCUUACUCAUAUGCCACUCUGCCCAUAUGUUUGAAAGGAUUUUUACUUCCUUGUCAUGUGUGACACUAUUGUCCCCCCUCAAACACUAUUUUCUGAAUGCCUUUCUACAACAAGGUAUAACGGAUAAUCCCAUCUCGAUCAGGCCAUUCCUGCCUCCACUAGAAGUUUGCUGACAGCUGUUGGCUAACUUGAUCUUCACCUCCUCAGAGGAGCACAUAUGCCAAUGACCUACUUUUCAGAAACGAUCCCACAGCACCCUGUUGGACAUUCAAAGUGGUGACAGUCUAAUUGUUUCUUCAUUUUAGAUACAGCGUUUUUGAGUGAUAGAUAAAGUCUCUUCUAAUUCAGAAGCUAAAAUUGACCAAAUGUGAGCAGUCUGGCUAGCAUAGGACAAUGUGCAGUGAGUCCAAAAACCGCAAUUUCUGCACACCUGAGAAAUUAGCAGCAUUUCUGCUUUCUUCAAUGAUUCUCCUCCUUUUUUCUCCCUUCUCCAGUUUGUCAAAGGUGACGUCCCAUACCUGCUGUUAAAAACCAUCUUCGGGCAAUGAGCACUUGUCUUUGUUUUGUUUCUUUUGCGUGUAGAUGCAGUAAGAAUUCAUUGUUCAUUUUGAUAGCGUUGUAAGCCCCUCCCCUCAGGUAAUUUGAUAACACUUUCCCUUUAAAAAAUGACACAGAAACAAAUUGGGAAUUUACAUCACAGAGAACAUAAAUACUUUUUCUUUUCUUGUGAGUAUUUUUUUUAAUGCCAAUUUGACUUUGGAGAAUGCAAGUUGACCCAUGUGACUAAGAAGCUGACCCACUCUUGGUAAUUUAACAUCAUUUACAAAUUCUGCUGAUAGACAGGAAUGUAUGAAUACAAUUAUUGUCAGCACAAAGCCUUAAAACCUGCUGACUUCAAAUUAAAUGGUGCAGUCCUGUAAUGCCCUGUCAUCAUUCGGGAGCCUGGUCGCCUCUCACCGUGAGGACCGAGCAGGCAAUGGCAUGGGCUGGGGCUCCAACUGCUUCACUCUUGACCUCAGCCUAUAAGAUCUCCCAGCUCCUGCUCUCCCACACCACGCACACACAGUCCUUAGAGCCGAUUAUUCCUGUUGCUUAAGAAAAAGAUACACAGUACAUUGGAAUACGAGUUUUUUUAAAAACAUAGGAUAAAACCAGGAAGUGCAAAAUUUGGAAGCCAUCAUAACUUGUGGUCCCACUCUCGACUUCAGGUGCAGAGAGCAGCCUCAUUGUGGUGGUCAAUCUCAGUCCCACACUUGGAUCUUUGCCGUUCGGGGUUUGUCUUAUCAGCCCUGGGUCCUCAUCUGCAAAGUGAAAGGCUAAGCCGGCCCGUACUCGCCUGUGUAGACAGAUUGACAGGGAUCUUCUUGAUCUGAGGCACAUUCAAUAUUGAUUCCAGAAUUAAUUUGGAUUUUGAGUAUUAGAUCCCCCUGCCCCCGCAUUUCUAAUUUAAACAGGCAAAUGAAGCAAAGGGUAUGUGUUCACAACCAAAUGGCAACGACACCCUUAUCUACUGAUAAUAUCCUCUCCAUGUUCGCCGAGGUAGAGAGAUCAUCGCAGAGUAGAAACUGCAUCAUCUGAACAAACACAUCUUUGUUCUGAAACUAGAUGGCCAUCACGCUGCUUUUAGGUGGGUUGUCCCCUUUUACAAACAAGAGUUCUUGCGCCUCCCCAGUACAUCAUGUUAUGGCAAAAGCCCGUCUCUCCAAACACCUAGUAAAUUCAUAGUUAAGAAACAAGGCACUGUCCUUCCAAUGUUAACUGAACCCUCUUCAAAGGACAAUUGGCUACUUGGAGGAAGGCAAACUUUCUCUCAUGAGAGGGUGACAGGUGAGAGACAGUUUACACAGAGGGGGGACCCUACAAUCCAUAUGGAAAUACCACAUUACCACUUCUUUUCUUCUAGCACUAAAUUAUUUUUGCAUCUUGAGAGUGUAGUCUGUGCCUAGACCUAACCUGCACCAGUGGGGGGGAGUGGAUAUUCUUAAAUCCUUCAAAAAUACCAAUUGUUGUUGUUGUUUCAUCCCCCAGGAGUACCAUUGUUCUUGUGCCUUCUGUGGCUUUCAACUUCAUCUUUUUGACUUUAGUUUCAAUUAUACAGCUGCAAUAAACACUAGGUUGGUUUUUUUUCCUGGCUGUUUGACAUAAUGUUGAUAGCUAUGCAUAUUUUGUGUCUUUUUAAAAAAACAACAAAAAACAAAGUGGGAGAAUACAUUUUUGAAGAAGAGAAUUUUUAGCACAGUUUGAUACCGCAAAUUAUUUUUUUCCUUAAAUUGUUUGAGCAGCAUUCAAGUUUUGAAAAUUCUUGUAGAAGCCAAUUUUUUGUAACUGUGGUGCAAAUCUUGUGUUUUCUUAGCCUAAUGAAAAGUAGUAUAGAAGCAAUAUUUCAUACCAUGUGCUAUAUAUGUGUGCAGAUAUAUGUGCACAGGCACAUAUAUCCACACAUGUAAAAUAUACAUAAAUAUAUGCGUGUGAAGUGGAAAGCUUACCUUUUCCUAUCUAGAUUUAAGAACUUACUUUAAACAUUUGUUGUUUUGUGAAAAAGAUGUUCUAUUUGCAACAACAAAACAUUUCAUUCUUACUGUAUCUCUGGCUGUUUAAUGGGGCCAUUUCACAUUAAAUGGUGAGACAUGUGGAAGAUGUUAGAAUAUAGUCAUUAUUUAAGGAUAUGUUCACCCACAUAUUCCCAAGGUUUGCUUUGUGCCUCUGAGUAUUAUUUAAUUAAAGUGUUUUCUGUUUGCAGAAUCUUUGUUACUGUACUAGGGAUGUGGGUGAAGAUCAUUUUUAAAAAUCUAAAGACAAAACAAGAGAAAAACAAAAACAAGACAACAACACUACACCAAGAGGGGAACUUUUAUAGAGUGAUGUAAAUAUGUAACCUCAUGGCUGUUGUUAGGUAAGACAUGAGACUUUAAUAAAUAACUACAUUCUCACAGCAUCUGUUGAAUUUAUUAGGAGCACUACAGUGACUGUAUAGACAGUUGAAAGCAUUCUUGAAAUCCUGCUCUUUACUUUUAAAAGAUAACAGUCUCUUUCAUCAGAUGUCAAGGGCAAGGGCAAUGCAGUUUCUGUAAAUUUAUGAACUUUCUUUUCUGUGUACAUGAAGACAUGUUUAAUAAGUAAUCCCUCUUCCCUCCCCCAUCUCGCCUCCCAGUGGUUAACAUUAAGUCAUAAAGCUAAAGAUUUGGGGGCUUAAAAAAUAGGAUGCCUUCUUCCCAAGAGCCAUCCAAAUUCCAUUAAAGAAAAAGUGGUUUAUGGACCCUUUGGAAGAAUCACUGUACAUUUGAGGACAGAGCAGCCUGUCUUUGCCACGUAUAUGACAUUCAUUGGUGUGAAUUGUACACACGCUUCCUUCUGGUACAAACUGUGUUUGCAAAUUUCAAACAGCAUUGUUUUCAAAAAGCUCCCCUUAAAAAAAAAGUAACUGGUUGAUCUGAGUUAGCAGUUACUAUAUUGCACUUAAAGAUAAGGUAGAAGGAAAUACCGUUUUCUGGAGAAUGGUUGGUUGUAAACCACCUAUUAAACUGCAGUUGAAAUGUUCACUUUUAAAGCUGGGACCCAAACUGGUAUUUAACCUUUUGUAGCUUCGUAUAAGUAUUCUUUUCAGAAUAUCACAUACCUUGGAAACAUCAGGACUUUGAAUCUUGUCAACUGAGCCUUCUCUCAAAUCAGAUCCCCCCUAAAAUGCAUAGGCAGGAUCUGAAAAGGCAAACAGGCUGGCCGCCUUUUGUGAAACCGUGUUCAUUUUGUAUUUUGUGCAUACUCAAUUCCUCUAUCCGGGAGAGAGAAAGCAUCCUAAAAUAGUAUCUGACCACUUCCAAAUUAGAAUGAGGAGGGGAAAAAGUAUUUGGGGUUGGUCUCAGUACUACCAAAAGAAUGAAAGAUUGCAGUUUCCCCAAUACUUCCCAGCCAUUUCUCAUAUGUAUAUAGUUACAAACCGUGAUAAAACACUGCCUUUAUGUUAUUUAGCAAUAUGUUGUAAAUAGCAUUAUUAAGCUCUUUUUUGUAAGACCCUUUGAUUGAAUAUAGUACAAUAACUCAACUGAUAAAGUCAAUUUUUGAUUUUCUUUUUUUUUUUUUAGCUAGAAGCGAUUUCAAUUGUGGAUUUUUGUUGUUGUCUAUUGUUCUGAAGACUUUGCAUAAUUUAUUGGUUUAAUUUAUCCUAAUUUAUUUGAUGAAGGUGUACAAUUUUGUAUUACCAAGGAUGUACUGUAAUAUUGAUAUGAUAAAAAAAAUGAAACUCCCUGUCCAUAUUAAAAAGAAAAUAAAAAGGUGCAGUAGACAAUUAAUUUUCAAGUCAAAGUACAAAAUUUAGUUUGGCAGCUACUAAAUUUUAAAACAGGAAAAAAAAAGAGAGUUGUUAGGG